AAUAUUAAUUGGAGCGGGAUGAAAGAAUUUUCGGAAGAGUUUAAAAAUCGAUUUGAGCCAAUUUUGAUUGUAACACAAAAACUUGUGGCCGAGAUGGAUAGAGCGUACUCAGACCCUGUUAUCGACGAGGAGGAAAGGUCGUGUGUCGCAAUGGGAAGCAUCAUAGAAAAAUACGUUGAGAGCUUGAGGGUCUACCUGAGCUACAUUUUGAACUGUCCGUAUUUUGUGAGUAGGUUCCCAGUCUUUUCGUCAUCAAAAACCUUAACUGACAGUUUGAUAAUUAGCAUCAGCAUUUACAUCAACAAACAAAAGAAGGCAAACACUGGAAAUGUUGUGACGCAGUUGUUACCGAUAUCAACUUACUUGAUAGCUCCACUUUCACAUUUCUCCGUGUAUCCAGAGUUGAUGAGGGAUCUUGCCAUGAACAUAUCCGAAAAACAUUUUGAUUACGAGGCGAUAAAGGACUCACUGGAGAAGAUCGAAAACACGGAGGAAGAACUAGAUAACCAAAAAACUCUUGUACAACGAAGAGAAAGCGCGGUUUAUUUACAAAGUUUGUUUAUAAAGAAACUUACGUUUGAUGAAAAAGAAGGACAAAACGAAGAAGUUGUCUUCUUUGGGAUGCUUAGAAAUGUUGACGUCGAAAAGGCCAAAACGCACGAAGAACCAAAGGUCUGUUUCUUGUUUAAGAAUAUCUUCGUGGUCUGUAAAGUCAAAAAUUACCAAGGGAAGGUGCUUGAUAAGAAGGGAAUGAACGCAAAGUUCUACCAAGAGUUCUAUGGUUUCGACACAACGGUAUUAACAGGGUUUGGGCUUGAAGAAGUGGAUAGAGCGUUUGUGACAGAGAACCUUACUGUUGCCCUCAUUGGAGAGAUCGAAAACAUUAAAAAUGGGUUUAUGGUUGGGCUUGGUACGAGGGUUUUCAACUUUUCUGCGCCGUCUCCUCUUCAACAACGUCAGUGGUGUGAUGUUUUUAUAAAAAAUGCGAAGAUAUAA